AUGGGUGUCAAGUCGCUAUGGGACCUGCUGACGCCGGUGGGUCGUCCUGUCCUGCUAGAGACCAUAGAGGGCAAGUCGAUGGCUAUCGACUCUAGUAUAUGGAUCUACCAGUUUCAAGCUACGAUGCGGGAUAAAGAGGGUCGCGCAUUGGUCAAUGCUCAUGUUCUGGGUUUCUUGCGGCGAAUUUGUAAACUGCUAUUCUAUGGAAUUAAGCCAGUCUUCGUGUUUGAUGGAGGAGCGCCUGCGAUGAAGCGCAAUACACUCGCCGACAGGAAGAGGAAGAAGCACGGGGCGGCCGAGAGCCAUGCCCGUGUGGCUGAGAAGCUGCUUGCUGCACAAUUGAGAAGGAAGGCAGUCGAGCAAGCGCAGGACAAAGGUAAAGGCAAGGCCCCAGCUAGGGUCACGAAUGGGGAUAUGGUUUACCUUGAGGACAUCGAUGGUUCUCCGCCUCGGACUCCUGUGAAAGCUAACACCAAACCUGUAUCGAACGGGCCUAGUCCUAGCUCCAGCAAGAAGAAGUCUCGGUUCCAGGAUCAUGACCCAUACAAAUUGCCAGACGUAAACAUGGAUGAGGUGCUCUCGCAAGCUGCGCGUUCUACCGUCCCAGACCCACGUUUGGCUACUGAGGACGAACUGCGUGCAUUCAUCGAGGAAAUGCGACCUGAAGAUUUCGAUGUUACAUCCCCGGAAUUCCGAGAGCUUCCUACGGAAGUCCAGUAUGAAAUCAUUGGCGACCUCCGUCUGAGAUCUCGUCAGACUUCGUACGACCGUCUACAGAAUAUGCUACGAAACAGUCGUACGCCCUUAGACUUUUCGAAAGAACAGAUCAAGAAUCUCAAGCAACGCAAUGCCUUGACCCAGCAACUGUUGGUGACUACGGACAGCAUUGGUCAGGCUCAUAUCGCCAUCCCCGUUCGGAUUGCUAGUGAAAGAAAUAAGGAAUACGUGCUGGUGAAAAAUGAGGGCGAAAGCGGAGGCUGGGUCCUGGGCAUCCGUGACGAAGGGACGCAAGACAAGCCUAUCCAAAUUGAUCAAGAUACAAAACUACCCGACGAUGACGAGGAUAGUGAUCAGGAAAUGGAGGAGGUAAACGUUGAUCCUGCACCAUUAAUGGAUGCCGAUCUUCGGGAAUUCCGAAGGGGGAUGGCUCUUUCCGCCAUAGCUAAGAGGCAGUCACCCAAGAAGGCGAAUGCCACUGCUCCUCCUACCUCAAGACCAAAGAAGCCGGCACUCUUUGCACCCGAAGAGCCUGAAGAUACCGAAGCCUCAAUGGAAGAUCCUGAGCUGGCUGUCGCGAUGCAAGAAUCCUUGGAUUAUGCAGAGAGCGCGGAGCUCGAACGUGCCCUACAUGCUUCGCGCGACGAGCAGUACCAACGUAAGUCUAGUGGCUCAGCUCCUACUGCAGGCACGUCCGGGGCAUCGCUCUCUGUCGGCGAACAGCAAGGGAGUCCCCCUCUGUUCAGGAGGUCCGAGCCAUCAUCACCCAAGAAACAUGGUGCCAGUACUUGGAACGCGGAUGAUUUGUAUGCAUCGCCUUCUAGGCUAGAGACCGCAUUGUCAAUAGGCAAUGUGCGGCCAUCCAGGACCUCGUUCAGCCAAGCCAUCCGGACAGAUGCUUUGGAGACUUCUUCCAUGUUCGGCUCGCCUAGUUUACUCGUACCGACGCAGUCUACGCCGAGUGCGAGAAAUGCCCUUGAUAUUCCGAGCCACAUAGUGGAACAAAAUAGAAGGGCAGAUGGGUAUAUCGAGGAAACCGGCGACAAGUCUCAGUUCAUCCCUGCUGGACACACGACUCCACUAUCUCCGCCUAAUAAUCUCGCGGAGCUCGUCAGCGAGUCUGAAGAGGACAUGGAAGCAGUCAUUGUGCCAGAAGCUCAAGAAGCUACAUCUACGCUGAAUAUUGCUGGGCCUGCCAUCUCAGCCCAUACCGAUGAGCACCCUCUAGGCGACCACGGUCAAACGACCUUCAUCCACUUAGACGCUGAUUCGACGAGCAUGGCUUUCUCAGGAAGCGCCGAUGCCUCUACUGCUGAUAGGCCGCCUGGAUCGGAUAACGAGCCGGUCAUCGUAGCCUCCAAUGACGAUGCGGUGACCUGGGCCGUCCCUUCGUCAGCCGUAACCGCGCAACCACCUGACGACACAUCUUUAACCGAGCUGCCGCGAUCUCCGUCGCCUGUUGACGAGGAACAAGCUCAAUCGGCCGAGGCGGAGGAAACCAGAGCCGCUGAGGACACCUGGGACGCAGCUCAGGAAAUGGAUCCCACCGCGGAAGAGGGCGAAUUUGCCCGGUUCAUCUCACAGGUGAAGGGCCGGGACUUGAAUGACGUCCGGAACGAAAUAGACGCGGAAAUAAAAGCGUUGAAUGAGCAGCGAAAAAUCGCGUUGCGGGAUUCCGAAGACAUCACGCAUCAAAUGGUCGCGCAAAUUAUGACGAUGCUGCGCUUAUUUGGCAUCCCGUAUAUCACGGCACCCAUGGAAGCCGAAGCGCAGUGUGCUGAGCUUGUCCGACUGGAGCUCGUCGAUGGCGUUAUCACCGACGACUCAGAUGUCUUCCUGUUCGGCGGCUUGCGGGUGUACAAGAAUAUGUUCAAUCAAUCGAAAACGGUGGAGUGCUUCUUGUUAUCAGAUUUAGCGCGCGAGCUGGGAUUGGACCGUGAUAAACUCAUUCGAUUGGCUUACCUGCUGGGAAGCGACUAUGUGGAGGGCCUACCGCGGGUAGGUCCGGUUGUGGCAAUGGAGUUACUGACAGAGUUCCCCGGGGAGGACGGACUGCACAAGUUCAAGGAAUGGUGGACAAAGGUGCAAUCCGGAAAGGACACUGAAGCGGAUAACAAAUCGAGUUUCCGCAAACGUUUUAAGAAACGGUUCAAGGAUUUGUACCUGCCUCCUGAUUGGCCAAAUCCUGCCGUUAGGGACGCUUACUAUCAUCCGACCGUCGACUCUUCCGAAGAGCCAUUCAAGUGGGGCUUGCCGGAUCUCGACGCGCUCCGCGGGUUUCUCCACGAAGAACUGGGAUGGGGACAGAUCAAAGUGGAUGAUUUACUCUUGCCAAUCAUCCAACGGGUGGGCAAGAGGGGCCAGACCGCUGCACUCAAUAGACAAGGGAACUUGAACACGUUCCUCGAUGUCACGGCGGGGAGUGGGACGUAUGCCCCUCGGAAACGACAAGCAUACACUAGCAAACGACUUCAAGAGGUCGUCACAAACUUCCGCAAGCAGCGCUCAAAGUCGGGGGAUGCCGCUUCCGCGUCUGCGAGCCCCGCGCCGCAGGAGGGAGCUGAAGAAGAGAGUCGACAGCCCGCGGCGAAGAAAAGAAAAACGGGCGCUAAGAAAAAUGGUGAAGCUGUUCAGAGCACGGCGAAAAGGGGUGCGGCUAAAGAAGCGAAAGCCAGCAAAAGAGGCCGUGGUCGAGCUGCAUCAUCUAAGAGAAGGGCUAGAAAGUCAGACACCGAGGAUGACGAGGGUAGUGACUUUGCGGGACGAAGUCAGGCUCCGUCUGGCGAUGGCGAUGAAUCUGCGGAACCAUUGCGUGUACAGCUACGUCCUCGUCCUAAGCCA